AUGUCAGCCUGCGUCAUGACUCUAGUGCCUGACUUAUCAUAUCGAUUACUCAACAUGCCUUUCUCAAUCACAGAUUUAACCAAAAGGGACAGAACAGCCGAGAAUAUCCCAACAAAGGGCAAAGGUCUCGGCGCCUUCACCAGCCCGUCUGGCUACGCCACCAUCCUGUGCUUUCCCAUCACCAUAUGGCAAAGCCGACGCAACGCUAAGAAGACAGUUGAAAGUCUCAGGGAGGCCAGACAUCAAAAGACAGAGCGCAAAAAGGCCGAAAUACAGCAAGAGUUUCAGGAGGAGCAGAAGCGCAGAGAAAUGCGUGAGAAGAGUGACGCCAACCGUAACGGCCUUGGACCUCAGGGGCCACCAAGAGAAAAGAAAGUUCCAGAGGUUGAACCUUUGGAUCCCAGGUUGGAGAGGGAUCCCGAGAACCCGCGUAACUGCGAUGAGACGUGUGGUAAUGCCUUGAAAGGCUCUUGUCCUAUUCAUGACAGGAAGCAGUCAUCUCGACCUACGAGUCCUGGACUGUUGGCUGUAUAG